AUGUCUCCAGAAUAUGCACUAAACGGCUUGUUUUCAGUAAAAUCCGAUGUUUUUAGCUUUGGAGUAGUUGUACUCGAGAUUAUUAGUGGUAAARGAAACACCGGUUAUUAUCAGAAUCAACAAGCCUUUAGCCUUAUCUCCUACGCCUGGGGCUUGUGGAAAGACAAAACACCAAUAGAUUUACUGGAUCAAGCAUUAGCCGAGUCAUGCAACUCGAGUGAAGUAUUGAGAUGCAUGAUUAUUGGGCUUUUGUGCAUACAAGAAGACCCUCAAGAUCGGCCAACAAUGAUGGAGGUAAUUCUGAUGUUGGGGAUGGAUAUCGAGAGCCUCCCGGAUCCUAAAGAACCGGCUUUCGUUUCAAAAACACGAGUUGAUUGUAUGCAAACGUCUUCAAGUAAAUCUGAGAUCAAUCAAUUGACUAUUACCGAUGUAGAAGGGAGAUAGAUGAAGAACAUAGCUUUUGUUGUUUUCUGAAGCUCUAUACACACUAA